UUUCCUGAACCAGAUAAACGCGUAGUGGUAUCGGAUAACAAGCGUGCACAUGCGCAGUGAUUGAAACACCUUUGUUGCCUCAUUCUCACUAUUUGCUUCGUGACCAGAACAGCGACAAGUCACAGAGGAUAGAAGUAUGAAAGUGUCAUCCAUCAUAAAAACCACAGUAGUUUGUCUCUCCUUCUUCCUCUUCUGCAGCAUUUAUUUUGUUUAUCCUCAUCCCAAGACGGGCCUUGUAAAACAGGAAAUCACCCCUGACAUUGUUGGAACUAUCGCAAACGAAAUUAUCAAGUUUAUAGCCAGAAAUAUGACAACAAAAACUGAUAGGUUCGACUGUUUCCUCGGAAGAAAACAUUCUGGGAUCGAUCUGUUGACACAACGCCAUGCUGGUGAUAAUCAAGAAUCACCUGAGACUAAUGCUAAAAAGGCUUUGUUUUAUGACCGAUUACUACUGAAAGAAAAAUUGGAAUUUAGAAACAUCAUCAAAACCUUCAGUGAAGGCGUGCCUAAAAACAUCACUUAUUUCCUCUAUGCAGGAGCUUUACUUGGUUCCUACUCUCAUCACGGCAUGAUUCCUUGGGACGACGAUCUGGACAUUAUAGUGAGGGAGAAAGACAUGCCUUUACUUCUCACAUUCCUGCAGUCCCUCAGGCCAAAAUAUGACCACUACACCAAGUGGAAGGUGAACUGGAAAUUGUACCACAAAACGUCCCCAAAGGCUGGCUCGAUGGCUUGGAAAUGGCCAUUCGUCGAUAUAUUCUUUUAUUCUGAACACCCUUCAUUCAUCCAAGAUUGUAGAAAUACAGAAAAGAAAUUCAACAAGACUGAUGUGUUUCCUUUGAUCAAACGCCCUUUCAUGGGAAUGAUGCUGCCAGCGCCAAGACACACCCGUAAGGUUUUGGAGUCGACUUACACUAUCGAUCUUUGUGUAUCGAAUUCAUAUGAUCACAGAUUGGAAAAAAAUGUGCCAUCAAAAUGUGUUGUGAAACUCCCUUGUGACUUGCUGAAAGACAAAUUUCCUUUCGUUGAAAGACAGAAAUCAAAGAACACAUCUAUUGAAGUGUUCGAUGCUGCAUACUGCAACCAAAGCGUAUAUGAAACUACAAAUAUAUAUUAAAGUAUUUAACAUUAUUACCUUGUGUGAAGACUAACAUCAUCAUAACAAUGCUGUAGAAUAGGUUCUGUGUAGCCAAAACCAUUUUUGUUGGUGAUAUGAUACUCAAAGCAUUUCUAUGAGACAACAUAUCCUGUGUUAAAACAUAAAAUAUAAUGAAUCAAGUUUACAUGUUAUAUAUGUAUUUUGGUGGCACUUGCUUAAAUGUACCACUGGAACUUCCGUGGGAUGUGUUAUGCAUUUCAGCGUCUACCAUUAUUCCCGCACUAUGAUCGGGUUACAUCUGCUUACUCCUUGAAAAAAUACCUAUGUCCUAUUUUCUCGUGUUUGGAGUGUUUUCUACGGAUAUCAUGGGAGUGGCCAAUAUGGAUAAAAACAGUGGCGACGUAAUUAAGCAUUGGCUACCGAUGGCAAGAAAAUAUAUCCUUGCAUGGUCAUGAAAACAGAGUAUCUGAAAUAAAUAGCUGGCACUUUUGCCAUUGAAUCAAUAUAUUUCAGACAUAUAUAUUUGCACAGUUUACAGAUAAUUUCUCAGACAGAACGAAGUCGCGCCUCAUUGUUGUAUACGGUGAAAAGCAAUAAAAUGUUCACAAUAUACUA